UCAUCUCUGACCUGCUUCCCUUUCCCUGUUGAACAGAAACAUCCCCACAGCAUGAUGCUGCCACUACCAUGUUUUAUCACAGUGAUGAACUGUCCAACAUCAUGUGUGGUGUUAGCUUUCCACCAUACAUGUUUGGCAUGUAGGCCAAAUAGUUUUAUAUAUUGUAAUCUGUGACCAGAGCACCUUCUUCCAAGUGUCUUCUGUGUUUUUUAUAGCUUGUGACAAACUGCAAACAGGACUUACUACUUUUUUUCAACCUUCUUGCCCCUCUUCCGUAAAGGCCAGUGUACAAGUAUCAACUGUCCUGCCAGACAUUCUUGGACCUGAGCAGUGGAUCUGUGCAGCUCCUCCAGAGUUACCAUGGGCCUCCUGGCUGCUUCUCUGAUUAAUGUUCUCCUGUCAGUCCAGGCGGAUGUUCAUGUCUUUGUAGUUCUGCAGGUGGUCCAUCCUCUCUCCAUGUUCAGAUGAUGGAUUGAUCAGAGCUCUGGGAGACGUUCAAUGAACCUGACCCUGCUUUACGCUGAUGCAGAACUCUCUCCCUGACCCAUCUUCUGGGUUCCCUGGUCUUCAUGGUGCUGGUUGUUCUUUAAUGUUCUCUAACAAACCCAGUUUGUUGGAGAACAUUAAACUGUGAGGCCAGAAUCUGAACAGCUGGACCUGAACUGAGAUUCUAUUAUUGCUCACUUUAGUUGCACCCGUCAACAUGAAAGCUUUCCUGGUAGCUAGGCCAGAAAUAAGGGAACUGAGAAAGGUGUAAUUCAUUUCCCCCUGUAACUAUUUAAAUUAAAUUAAGGCAUUAACGCCUCAGCAUAACAUUUCACGAGAAGGCAACAAUUUUAUAUUUAACAACAUUUUGACUAGUAAUUAGGUCAGUUUUAGUCUUAAAAAUACUAAAAUGAAAGCAAAUGAAUUCUAGGCAAAAAUCCUUUGCUUUAAUUCAGGCAGUAGGCUAUUUAUUAAUCUAUUUUAAAUCCGUUAAAUGUUGGCGCAGAAAGCAUCUACAUAAAGCCGCUGUGGUCUCCUGGCCAGCCUGCUAAUCAGCAGCUCUGCGCUUUGGAGGCUUUUUUCUUCAUCACCUUCAGUAUCACUGCUUUCCUCUUGUCUUCCUCGUGGACACCCAGCGCGCGGCCCGGAGGCAGAUCCUCGGCAGAACACGCCCUGAUAGAAAAGGUAGACCCACGCAGAGUGGGGCUCAGACAGACGCGGAACGUUCAGCCGGACCACGCCGGAAUCAGCAGUCCCAAUGCCCCCCCCGCAGCCUCCCACAACCGGACUCCCACCCAAUCAGAUCGGGACAGGCCUGUCGGCACUUUGCGUGGACUUACUGUGGACCGACGGCUCGGAACACCUGGUGAUCCCGAAGGAGGUACCCGCAGCGGCAGAGGAGUAAGCCCACCAUGAGCAGGAAGACCCGGCGCUGGAUUUUCCAUUUUUUCCUCUGCCUUGGAGUAGUUUAUGUGAAAAUUGGGGGUCUGUCAUCGGUGGUGGCACUGGGAGCCAGCAUCAUCUGUAACAAGAUCCCAGGCCUGGCCCCCCGGCAGAGGACCAUCUGUCAGAGCCGACCCGAUGCCAUCAUUGUGGUGGGAGAGGGGGUCCAGAUAGGCAUCAACGAGUGCCAGUUCCAGUUCCGGCACGGCCGCUGGAACUGCUCGGCCUUGGGGGAGAGGACCGUGUUUGGGAAAGAGCUCAAAGUGGGUAGUAAGGAGGCUGCGUUCACCUACGCCAUCAUAGCAGCCGGGGUCGCCCAUGCUGUCACUGCAGCCUGCACCCAGGGGACCCUGAGCGGGUGUGGCUGCGACAAGGAGAAGCAGGGUUUCUACAACCAGGAGGAAGGCUGGAAGUGGGGCGGCUGCUCUGCGGACGUCCACUAUGGCCUGGGAUUUUCUAAAGUGUUCGUGGAUGCACGGGAGAUCAAGCAGAAUGCCAGGACGCUGAUGAAUUUGCAUAACAACGAAGUGGGGCGAAAGGUCCUUGAGAAGGGAAUGCAUUUGGAGUGCAAGUGCCACGGUGUUUCUGGAUCCUGCACUACCAAGACAUGCUGGAUGACGCUCCCUAAGUUCCGACAGCUGGGAUACAUCCUGAAAGACAAGUACAACCAGGCGGUACAUGUGGAGCCUGUUCGCGCCAGCCGUAACAAGCGUCCCACCUUCCUCAAGAUCAAAAAACCACACUCCUACCACAAGCCGAAAGACACAGAGCUCGUCUACAUUGAGAGGUCACCCAACUACUGCGAGGCCAACCAGCUGACUGGCAGCAUGGGAACGCAGGGGCGCUUGUGCAACAAAACUGCUCUACAACCCAACAGCUGUGACUUGAUGUGCUGUGGUCGUGGAUACAACACUCACCAGUACUCUCACGUUUGGCAGUGCAACUGCAAGUUCCUGUGGUGCUGCUAUGUCAAGUGUAACACCUGCAGCGAGAGGACAGAGGUGUAUACGUGUAAAUAGAGAUAUUUAUUAGAUGCUUAUUAGGACGUGCACCUAGGCUGAGCUGCAUGUGUGUAUAUGUCUGACUGUGUUUGUGUGUGUGUGUUUGUGUGUGUGGUUUUUGAUUAAUAUAUUAAAAUGCAAGAGUUUUUGUGUGUCUUUAGAUUACAACAAUUCCAUCUGGCUCAUCCCACUUCUGUUGGUUGCGAUGGCACCAAUGAACCUUAAAUUAAUCUUCUAGAUUCAUAAGUGUUCUGUUAAUCUUUAAAGUCAAGUGCCAUUUAAUAUUGCAGACUACUUUUGUGCAGUCCAUAAAUGUCUAUAGGUACAGUGUGACUCAUGUCAAACUGUAAUAGCUUUUUAUUUUAUAGAAUAAUAAUUUAUUGACAGAGAAAACUACUGAUCACAUUGAACAUACACUGACCACUACAUCUGCUUUGUGGUGUGGAUGAAAAGUUUGAAAAUGAUAAGUGCACUUAAAAGCAAAAAGGUUUUUGCAACUUUUAUUUUCUUUGUGGCAACUUAAACACUGGAGCUAACAAAAGGAAAUGAAUCCAAGUGAGUCAAAGUACCCUUGUAGCCUUUUUUGUAGUGAGCCUACAACAAGAACUACUGACCAUGUGCUGAAUAUGAUGGUGUUGUGUUCUACUUUCUGCUCAUUCUGGACUAAGUUUCACCAGGAAAACGUGCAGCAGUGAUGUUUGUCCACAUGCCCACACAUUCACACUUAAAGAUUAAACUUGUUAGGAGUUAACAUAUCCAAAUAACUAUUGUUUUGAUGGGAACCAUUAACAUCUCAGGAUAAGGACCAUUUAUAUGUGCAAACUUACAACCAUGCAAAUAUCAAACCCUAACAUUAUAUUAUUAACCCAUCACACUGAUGCUUUAGAACUGAGAGUCAGGAGAUAAGAAAAUGCAAGUGAUAAAGGGGGUAGAAGUGUGACACGAUAGAGUAAAAUAUCGCAUAAGAUCAAAAGUCAAACUUGGGAACUGUUACCUGAAAGUCUGUAGACAAAUGGAACGUUUGGACCAAAACUGACACUGGUGAUGCUACUAUCUGAAGCCCAUUGAACAUGCACUAGGAUCUAUACCUAUAGCGCCAAUAGACAAAAGAUAAACAUUAUCCAACCUACUUAAAUUUUGCAGGUCAUCGUGGUUCCUUUAAAAACCAUCCACUAACCUCUGGAUCAUAGUGUUGCAUCUUGAUUUGAUCUUUCUUGAUGUUUCUUUUCUUUUUGUUCUCAUAUGCAGGGUUAGUGCCCUUGAUGGUUUUAGUGAGAUAUCUACACAUCCUCAUAGCUGUUGGCACUUUAGAUUUCCACCUGUCAUUUAAUAUCCUCUUACCUUCUUUAUUUUUAAAUAUUUUGUGCUUUAAAACUCUGAUGUCCACAGAUAACCCUGUAGUUUUUAUUAAUCUAAAAAGGCCUGCACCUUCCUUUCAUAAGCAUGUUAAAAGUAUCAAGAUAUACCACGUUUUUUUAAGUUGUGGUUCCAUAUCUGUAAAAAAUGUCCAUGAUAUUGUUACCGCAGUUUGAAGUCCUUUAAUGCGAUGCUAGAAAAAGUGCUUUAGUGACUGCUGUAUUCUCCAGCUCUUUUACCCAAUUGGUAAUGCAGCACUGCAGGAACAGCUACGAGGUGGAAACUAAAAGAGCACCACACAUUAGUGUUAAGGUAACACAGAUUUAAAACUAGAGCAGGCAAGCUACACGCAUGUUACUGAGGCUCUACCAUAGCUGACUGAUUAAGCAGCUAAUGUCUGCUUGUUAUACUUCCAGUGUUACUCUAUUAAGAGCUGAACAAAGAAGCAGCAACACUCCAUGCCAUGAGCACUUGAAAAGUACAACUAAGCUAUUACUAGCUUUACCACUAGUUUAAGAUCACAAUACGGUGAUAAUGUAACACCCCUGCAGGUCCCUCCUCAUAUUAGGCAUCAGGACACUGACACAAGUUCAGAAGACGAAACCAGUGCCCCAGUUGAACCAUGGUUGUGGGCCUGCAUUGUGAAAAUGGUACAUUUUGUGCUGUUGAUCCACAAGUGUAGCUACUGCACUGCCUUUAUUGAGACUGGGUUUCCCUUUAAAUGUGCUGCUAGGUGUCUGUAAAGUUAUGAUGUUUGUAACAGAGCAGCCAUAUUGACUCUUAAAGCUAACAUUGUAAGAAAUGCAAGCCUCCAGACAUUAAUGUCCCAUAAUGUUGGUUGACAGAAUAUAUUUUAUACAAAACUAUUUUUGUAUAGAUUGCCUUUAUUUAUUUAUUGUAUAUCUGUGUAAUCGUUGUUCCCUAAUCCUUUCAGGCUUUGCUUUUAAAUAACAAACUGUGGAACAAGUUGUGACAGGUCUUGUGAGGAAAUUUGUGAAGUAACUUUCUGUGGAACGAUAUGGAGAAGCUCAUGUCUGAACACUAGUAGAGAGAUUGGAUAACCUAACUUUCUCUGCUUGAAUAGUAAGGAAAAACUUUGAACUGUCCUGCUCCACUAAUGGCUGGUCAAAUGAAGGCCCAGACCAAUGGGAAUCACUCUCACUUUUAGGUUAGAUUUGUGGUUCUUAAACUGUGGUACUAGUAUCAUUUGUGGUAAUAGGGUUGCCUUUAGUGGUAGUCAAAGAGAAAAUUGAUAUCAAUAGUUUACAAGGUAACCAAAUGAAUUAGCUAUAAUGUAAAGCCCAUACACUCAAACAGCCAAACAAUUAUUAGUUUAACAACACUGAUCUUAGCUCCAAACUGCUACUAUUCAUUAAUGCAAGCUAAUAGCAAAAUGUGGUCAGUUUUCAAGUCCAAAAAAGCCACAAGUAUGCUCUUCUGUAAUUGGUAAUUAGCUAUUUGAAGAAGAGCUAAAAGCAUGUUCUUCCAAAGGACUCAGGAGCACAGUGAUGAUGUCACCACUUGUGUAAGAUGUAUCUCAGGAAUUAUAUUAUUUUCUGUCUUGGAAUCUGAAAGUGAAUGCAUCUAUCCAACUAAUGGCAACAACCCACUGAGUCUAUAGCUACAGUAGCCUGCUAGGGGAGCUUAGCUCCUCCGAAAACAUUAGAGCGCAUUUAAAAGUGCCCUUAUUCUUGAUUAAUAAAUGUGUUUAUAAAGUUUUGAGGUCUGCUUACAAGUUUUAGUGACAAAUCAAUAGCAGGUUUUUCUUCAUCCACCUUCUCUUUUAACCUCUGCCGGUUGUAAAGUGCUAAAUUCGCAGAAAGCUGCAUUGAUACAUCAUUUAUAAAAUCGGCGCAGCAAGAACUCAUUCAGGCUCUUGAAGCAUAUUUACUUUGAUCCAUACUUUGGAUUGAAGCAGUACUGGGGAUGCUGCUGAUGACGAAUAAGUAAACACAGCAGUGCUGACAGUGGCUAAUGUCUCUGACAUAUUCAGUAAAUAUUAAGACACAAGUGGACCAAAACUGCAGAUACACAGUUUAUUACUGCAGCUAUCUGUGAUUUAACAUGGUAGUUCAUUGUUGCUGAAUGUGGAAUAUCAUUCUUUGAUAUAAGUCACAAUCGAUGUAGAAAGGUUUUUUAUAUAAUGGUGUCUUCAUGAACCUCUCCAAAACUUUUCAGACCAGAUAGGUUUUAACAUGACAAAUCUGCUUUGGUUUGGGUUCUUCUUGGACUACUCACUACCUUGCAGGAACAGUUCCUAGUUGUUUUCAAAGUUCUGGGGGUAAAACAUGGCUUCUAGGGAAGGUAAGAAGCUAACUAAUCAUGGCCUGUCCACAGAACCCUAACCCUAGCUAAAAAUGUCUGACUAUUUCUUCUAGCAAUACCAAAAUGUUGCUUACAAAAUAUAGCCUUUACAAUUCAGCACUGCCUUUUCUAAAAAUCAGUUUGCUAAAAAAUCACAACGCUGCUUCCUUAUUUUGAAGGUGUAUACUGUAGGCCAUUUUUUUCUCAAAAGGAAUAAUUUACAUUUAACCAUAAUAUUUUUAACUUUUUAUUUUACUUAGGGAACAUUUGAUCAUCUCAAUAAAAGAGCAGGUAUCAUUACAAACUAUAAUUAGCUAAUUAAACAGAGAUCAGUAUUUUACAGUAAGUCUUUAUGAAUAGUUGAAAAAAGAAUUUUUAGAUCUUUGUUGAGUAGUGAAACCAAAUAAGUUUGACAUGGAUGCCUAAAACAUUUAAGGAUUUACUGUACAAAGUUUCAAAGCCUUUUGUAACCAUUGUAGACACUGAAACAACCCAAUGACCCAAAGUGUUAAAUGCUUAUUUUUGCCCUAAUAACUACACAUAUAAAAUGAUCUGAGAUACCUAAAGUGAAACGUUGGCUGUCGGUUCUUAAAGCACAUCCAGGUCUCAGGACAGGCUGCAGGCUUCUCUCUCGUUUCUUGUAAACUUUGAAUCAUCCUUAGGUUUUUGUUCCCGGAUGUUUUCCCAGCUGUUGGAGUUCUCUUUAAUCGGAGCUAUUUGUUGAAAUGUAACACUGAAAAAUAAUGUUUGUUCAUUCUUUGUUGUGUUUAAUAAAUGGCUCUGAAUUAA